UGCGUAAACAUUACGGCGGUGGACGUGCAAAAGUGAUGUUGUGAUGUGUGUGAAGUUUUAUGCCGAAUUUUCAUAACUGCGUCGAAAUUUCCAACUGAAUUAUUUCUUGAGCUUGUUAACGCUAGUGGACUCCUACUAGAGUUAAAAUUAAGUUGUCUAAGUUCAAGAAGCGUAUUGAGAUAAUUUAGUAUACGUGCGGUGCGUGGUUCGGUGCUAUAAGUGGUGGUGCAUUUUGUUUAUUUAUAGACCGUCGCAAUUUGCAGACAUGUAAUUAUUUUGGUGGCGCUAAAAUGUCUCAAAGGGAUACAGCAAUACAUCUUCUGGCCGGAGGAGUGGCCGGAACAGCGGGAGCGGUGGUGACAUGUCCACUUGAGGUGGUCAAGACCAGGCUACAGUCGUCCAAGGGUGUUGGGGUGCCGCCGACGCAGCCCCCGCCCUCCGACAGCAAUGCGGCGAAGGCGAAGAGAGGCUGCUCUAAGAUUCCUAAGCAUCAAGAGGCUAAAUGGGGCUACCGACGUACGAUGGGCGCCAUGUUCGCGUACAGCCAGCAGCCCGAUCGCAUGCUGAUGUCGUACAAUUGCCAGGUGCAGCCGUGCGCGCGCGCCGGCAACGCCCGACCUGUUUCGAGGAUGAGCCUUAUACAGUGCAUCAGACACAUUGUCCAAACUGAGGGCCCGAAGGCGUUGUUCAAGGGCUUAGGGCCGAACAUUGUGGGUGUGGCGCCGUCCAGGGCUAUAUACUUCUGCACAUAUUCACAAGCCAAGGCUAUAUUGAACCAGAACAUAGCUCCCGACACACCCAUAGUCCAUCUAUCGGCCGCUAGCGCUGCAGGUUUCGUGUCUUGCACAAUGACCAAUCCGAUAUGGUUCGUAAAAACGAGGCUGCAACUGGACGGAGAGAACGUGACUGCUGUACAAUGUAUAAAAAGGAUAUAUGCUAAAUCGGGUAUAAAAGGCUUCUACAAAGGCAUAACGGCAUCCUACAUGGGCAUAAGCGAGACCGUAGUCCACUUCGUCCUGUACGAGGGCGUGAAGGCGCGGUUAAUGGCGGCCCGAGCUCAAGACGGUGUGCCGAGCGACGCUCGGACCCCGCGCGACUUCCUAGAGUUCAUGGCAGCUGGCGCCUUCUCCAAGACAGUCGCUUCCUGCAUCGCAUAUCCACAUGAAGUGGCGCGGACGCGAUUGAGAGAGGAAGGUGACAAGUACCGCAAGUUCUGGCAAACUCUGCACACCGUCUGGAUGGAAGAGGGCUAUCGUGGCGUAUACAGGGGCCUCGGCACACAACUCGUCCGCCAGAUCCCGAACACAGCGAUCAUGAUGUCCACAUACGAAGCCGUGGUGUACCUGCUCACGACCCACUUCAACAGUUCCUUCUAUGAGAACACUUAGCUAACCCG